GUGCACAGCCCAUAAUAAGUCCUACAGCCUUUGGGUAAAUAUUAGUGGCCCAGCUAAAGAUGAGCCGCUUACCUCCGUCCCCUACCUCCAGCCGCCCACCGCCAAUUCCCAAGGAACUCCGGUCGAAGCGGCGGCGAUCUGGACUGUACCGACUCUGAAGUGCUCCCGGACGCUCCGGUGGCAUGCUGGCCCCAUUAUCUAGCUGCACCUUUCCCCCCACAGUCGCAGCCGCCGCCGUCUCCGGUAGCUGAUUGUCGCCUUCGAGAUCCUCCGCAGUGGCCGCCGCAUCGAGACUAAUCGGCUGCAUUCGUCAGUGCCACUGACUCAGUGGCGAACAAGAACAGCUUACGCAGGACUAAAUCAGGUAGGCGGACUAGUCCACUGCACCGUGGACUCAAGCGAGCGGCAGUACUACCUGCUCCCCUUGUCGAUCUGCCGUUGCGCCUCCGAUAAAGCCCACGUCUAACCCUGAGAGUUUGCAGCGGCCGUUGCACUCCAUUCCAGAAUCCAGACCAUGGGCCAGAACACAACUUCUUCAGUUGACAAGCCUACAUCGGAGACCUCGUCGAGAUGCCUGAUAGAGUGUGUCACUGGCGCCCACAACUUCGAAGUGACUAGGUUCUCGCUGCUCCAGGGUAUGGGUGCCGGCAAGUUUGUUAGCUCGAGCACAUUCAGUGUCAGUGGCUACGACUGGAAUAUCAGGGUUUACCCUGAUGGCUUGAAGGAGGACAACCCUGUCUACAUGUCGGCCUUCUUGCGUCUCUGCAGUGGGACAACUGAUGUGAAUGUGAAGUGCACUUUCAGUUUAUUGGAGAAAGAUGGAAGAGCUACUAAUCUAGAGAGCCUGACACAUACCUUUCAGGCGGUAGGUGGUUCUUGGGGUUGGUCCAAGUUCAUUGAGAAGUCCAAGCUGCAAGAACUACUGGAUCGCAAUGACGACCGCGUCACAAUCAGAUGUGUUCUUACUGUCAUAAAAGAGCCUCGCACAGAAGAUGUAAGCAUGAUCCUAGUCCCAGUCCCGCAGUCGGAUCUGCACACACACUUUGCAAACAUGUUGAAGGAUGGAGAAGGUGUGGAUGUGACAUUCAGUGUCGCCGAUCAGCUCUUCAGUGCACAUAGAUACGUGUUAGCCGCCCGAUCGCCAGUCUUCAAGGCCGAGCUCUUUGGUGAAAUGAAGGAGACCACCAUAAAAUGCAUCAAGAUCGAUGACAUGGAACCUGCCAUCUUCGAGGCACUUCUUAACUUCAUAUACACUGAUUCACUGCCAAGCAAUUUUGAUGUAGAUAAAAAUGUGGCACUCCAGCACUUGUUGGUUGCCGCAGAUCGGUAUGGACUGGACAGACUAAAGGCUAUUUGUAAAGGCUAGUACUAUUUAAAUCCCACAUUAUUUAGCAAUGAU